ACAAGAUCUGGGAUGGGAUAGGAUGGAAUGGGACCUCCCUCUUGGGAUGGUGGAACUCCCAUGGCCACCGCACCACCACCAUGAACCUUGACCUAUUUGGACCCCACAGACACCCUUCAUCCUGCUCCCGUGACCACCCUGACCCAUGGGGUUCCCACAGACAUCCCUCAUCGUGCUUCCCAAGGGUUCCAUGGUCCAUAGACACCCACCAUGCUGCUACCAUGACUACCCUGACCCAUAGGCAUCCCAACAACACUCCUCAUCCUGUUUCCCAAGGGUUCCGUGAUCAAUAGACUCCACUCAUCCUGCUCACAGCAAGGGCCCUUGGCCCCGACACUCCAGGGCAGCUCUCAUUGCCUGGGGUGUGAGGGACCCUCAGGAUGGGUGUUGCCCCUGCCAUGACCCUUCUGGGGCUGUUCCAUACAUAUCCCCCUAUCCUGCAGAAACCAGCACCCUCCCAAGAGUCCCAUCUCAAGAAUCCCCCGCUACCGGCUGGGCCAGAUCCUGCCCCGGAGAUGUCACCCCGUCAGCCCUGCCCAGCAGUCCCCUCGCCCUGCCCCGGGGCACCCUGCCGCGCCACGCACCCGGGCACCUUCCCGGCCCCAGCUUUGGGGUGACACCAUGGCAGGCACGUGCCUUACACCCCCGAUUGGCGUGUCCCCCCACCCGGGCACUCUGGCACAUCCCGCCGGACCGGGAAGGGGAAGCGAAAGCAGCAGGGCGCAGCACCCAGUGCCACGGGGCACUCCGAGGAGGCAGCACCCACCCCGAGGCCUGGUGGGAGCGCUGGGGGGGCUGAGGGGUCACAAGGAAGCGGAGAGGGGGGUAGGGCUGGGGUGCUGUGCGAUGGGGGGGCAAUGGGUGCUGUGCGGGGGGGGGGGGUCAGGGUGCUGUGCGGGUUGGGGUAUGAUGAGUGCUGCAGAGGCCGGGGUGCUGAGAAAGGGCGCGGGUGGGGGGCACUGAGGAGUGCGGGCAGGGACCGGGGGUCCGGGAGCGGGGGGAGUCCGGGAACGGCCCCUUUAACCACCUCCGUCCCGCCCGUGCUAACCGAAAGAGGAAGAAGCGCCCGCCCCGCCCGCCUCGUGAGAGACUCCGGCACGGACGAGCGGGGCUGGGGUCGGUGUGACCGGGCGGGGGUGAGCAGGCUGGGGCACUGAGCCCAGAGGUGCAGUUCUGGGGAGUGCAAAGCUGGGUAGGGAGCACGGGAUUCAGGGGUGCAGGAUGUGAAGGUGUAGGGGUGUAGAACACAGGGGUGCAAACCACGAGUGCAUGAUCUGGGGGUGCCGAGCACAGAGGUUCAGGGCUUGGGGGUGCCAUGUACAUGGGUACACGGUGCUGGAUGUAGGGGUGCAAGGGCUAGGGGUGCUGGGCAGGAGGGUGCAGGGUCUGUGUGUGCAGGUCACAGGGAUGCAAAACAUAUGGGUGCAAGACUUGGGGUGCCAACAGGGUCCCUCCUACCGUGACACCAUGCAGGGCCCACCAGAAGCACCAAUGGAGAAGGACAUCGACAGCUGCCAGGAUGGGGCCAAGACAGUGCCAAGCGCCAGGCUGGGCACCGAGGGGACAGAGGCACAGCUGGAUGAUUUUGUGGGUGCUCACCCUGACUACAAUGAGGAGGAGGAGGAGCAGAAAUACUUUCGCCGCAAACGCCUCGGUGUCAUCAAGAACGUGGUGGCUGCCAGCCUGGCUGGCACCCUCACUUACAGCGUCUACCUGGGUCUGCUGCAGAUGCAGCUGAUCCUUCACUAUGACGAGACCUACCGGGAGGUGAAGUACAGCAAUAUCCAGUUGGAGGACAUUGACCGCAAGGUGCUGAUGGGCAUCAAUGUCACACCCGUGGCGGCGCUGCUCUACACACCCAUCCUCAUCAGGUUCUUUGGCACCAAGUGGGCCAUGUUCCUGGCAGUCGGCAUCUACGCCCUCUUCGUCUCCAGCAACUACUGGGAGCGCUACUACACGCUGGUGCCCUCCGCAGUGGCCAUUGGCAUGGUCAUCGUGCCCCUCUGGGCCUCCAUGGGCACCUACAUCAUGCGAAUGGCCCAGAAGUACUACGAGUACGUUAACUACAAGGAGGAGCAGGAGAAGGAGAGGCAGCGGGCGCCGCGGGACGCCUGCAACGCCUACAUCAUUGUCUUCCAGACCGUCUUCUACUCCUGCUUCCAUUUGAGCUUCGUCUGCGCUCAGAUGCCCAUGGUCUUCUUCCUCAACAACUACCUCUACCAACUCAACCACACGCUCUUUGCAGUGAAGCACUGCGGAACCCUGAGCCACGGCACGCUGCCUGGUUUCAACAAGACGGUGCUGCAGAGCCUUCCCCGCAGCGUCAACCUCAUCAUCGUGGAGAGCACGUUGAUGGCCACCGCCUUCCUCGCCAUGCUGGUGGUGAGCGCCGGGGCGGGAAGGGACAGGGGCGGGCUGGACGAUGGCAGGACCUCACCCACCGCCGCUCCGCAGGUGCUGGUGCUGUGCGGCGCGGCGUACCGGCCCAUGGAGGAGAUCGACAUGCGCAGCAUCGGCUGGGGCAACAUUUUCCAGCUGCCCUUCAAGCACAUGCGGGACUAUCGCCUGCGGCACCUCUUCCCAUUGUUCAUCUACAGCGGCUUCGAGGUGCUCUUUGUCUGCACUGGAUUUUCCCUGAACUACGGCGUGUGCGCCCUCGGGCUGGAGAGGUUGGCGUAUCUCCUCAUGGCCUACGGCUUCUCCGCCUCGGCGUGCUCCAGCCUGGCCCUGUGCAUGCUGCGCCUGCGCCGGCACAUCCCGCUCCUGGCCGGAGCCUUCAUCCACGCUGUGCUCCUGGUGACACUCUUCUGCUGGGCGCCAGAGCCCCGGUACCUGGCACAGGCACCGCUGCUCUACAGCAUUGCCGCGCUCUGGGGCACAGGCAGUGCCCUCAACAAGACUGGAAUCAGCAUCCUCCUGGGAAUGUUGUACAAGAAAAAGGAGCGCCAAGACUUCAUCUUCACCAUCUACCACUGGUGGCAAGCCCUGGCCAUCUUCACCGUCUACCUGUGGUCAGGGCUGCCCAUGAAGGCCAAGCUGUCCAUCAUGCUGCUGACGCUGGUGGUGGCGGUGGGGACAUACCUGUGGAUGGAGCAGAAGGUGGCGUGGAACGUGGAAGUCCGGCUGCCCCGCAUCCCGCGCCCACGCCACAAAACACGUGGAUACCGCUACCUGGAGGACAACUCGGAUGAGACUGGCUCUGACGGUGACGGGGACAAGGAGGACGAUGACAGGCACCCAACUGAGGCCACCAGGGAGGACGAGCUGCCAAAAGAGGACGGGGAGCAGCUGGGAUAGGGACAGCCUGU